AAGUAAAAGAAAGUACUAGAAAAGCACACGGGGAAAUAUUCAUUUUGAUAACAACAACACGUGCUCCUUCUAAAUAAACUAAUGUCUCAUAAGAGGAGACAAAUUAUUGAGGGUUCGGCUACGUUCCGGCAGGUCAUUUUGAUAAAACUUUAUUGAUAAACGACAACAACUCGUUCUAUUUCAUAGAUGGAGGACAGAAAAUGUGAGCGCCGGUGUUUUCCGGGUUUCCGAUGCCAUAUUUGAAUGGGUCCAUGGUUGAUUGGGCUGCUUUGAGGAAGCUGGUCCUCCCGGCGCUCGGAGCGGAGGAGGAGGGCGACUCGAGCUUCAGGCGGAGCGAGAGCUGCCGACGGACACCCGAAAAGACCGCCUCGACUCGAUUACCGCCGCAAAAGCCUCGGUUCUCCCGGUAGCCGCGUUUCCGUGUCACGUCCCGAAGUCGGUCAGACUCUCCCAGUGAGAAGCAGCAGCCGUCCCGCUUUGUGGCAGGAGAAAGCCGCUGCUCCAUCUGGAACCAGUGGGAGGGGCUUUAUAGCGGUUGAACAAUGUGAGUGUCAGGGGAGGCAGCCGCACUCCAAAGUUCGAGGACCCCACCGCACUACACUAGAAUGUACUUGAUGAAUGUACCGCCUGUCGCAGCAACGCAAACAGAAUGGAGAAGAUGUGGCCCACCUGGAGGCUUUAGCCUUCCAAUUUGCUUCAAUGACUCGGACACGGAGUUGUCCACUAGAGACACGCCUAUCUCAGACAAGGUUCAGAUGAUCAUAGACAGCCUUAGGAGCACCCAGUCCUCACUCGACAUGGGCGACGAGAUUGAGGGAAACGUGCUGCCGGGACAGGAUGGUCGCACCCAAGCCUGUGCAGCUGCAGUGGGAUCUUAUGUGGAGAAGAAGUCCAAAGCUAAAAGCCCUCCUGAAAACCAGCAGACCCGUCCUCCUGCCAUGAACAACCACGACAGCAGUGACUCAGACAGUGACGGUUCUGUGGACAGAGGAAUUGAGGAAGCAAUACUGGAGUACCUGAAGGAGAAAGAUGACCACAAACGCAAGGCCGAUUCCGACUUUCUUCACUCAGCCAAGAUCCCAAGACAACAUCCACCCAUUCUUGGGAUUUUCAAGCACAACUCUGACAGUCACUUGCCCUUAAUUUCCUGCAACCAGAUCCCAAGAAUGAUUAAAGCAGAGACCUUAACAACACCGACAACCAUACCUUUGAAGAAGUAUCUCAAGAACAAGGCUUCUCUGGAUGAAAACUUUAACUUGGAUAAAAGUCCUUCAACAAACCUUGCAAGUACAAAUGAGCCAAUCCAGACAUCCUCUAAACCAACUGGCCUUUUCAGCAAAACAACCAACACCGUGGUCAAAUUCAAGGUAGAAGAAGACACCACUGACUCUAGUAGUGAUGACGGAAUUGAGGAGGCAAUUCAAAAAUACCAGUUGGAAAAGAAGGGGCAGCAGAAUCAAAAGGAAACUUUGAAUCCAUCAAGUUUCAAAGAGGAAUCCGACUCCACAAGCGAUGAUGGGAUCGAAGAAGCCAUUCGCUGCUACCAGCUUGAGCAACAAAAGGAGAAGCCUGUCUUGAAAUCCUUCCUGGACAGACAGAAACCCCUCAAGAAGUCAUUGGAGCAUCCUGUUGGAGGCACAAGUUCAGAGAGCACGAGUAAGCUCAAACUCAAGAAGAAACACAGCAGAGCAGACAAACAGGCCACAUCAUCAAACAAUUCCUUGUCUGUUGUUGGCCCCAAGCCUACUCUUUCCCAAAGCUCAAAGGGAAAGGGAAACAGCUUACUUUGUUUUAGACCAGAAUCUUUUGAGGAGCAACCAGCUUACACACCUCCAAAAGUUAACACAACCGCAGAAUUGAUGUGCGCAGAAGCAAUACUGGACAUCUCCAAAACUGUUAUGCCCGGAGCCUUCCACCACAGCCUCGGCAUGAACUCCUGUGGCCUCACAAAGUCUUCAGAGCAGCCGCUUCUUUCCAUCAGUGGCCCAAUCGAGGAAAGUGAAGACAGUUCCAUUGACAGCGAGGAUGGCAUCGAACAAGAAAUCCGUAAAUUCCUUGAGCAGAAGGCGCAAAUGCACAAACAGUCCCCCGGCUCUCAAGAUGUCACUGGUGUGAACGAAACAGAGAAACUGAGGGCAAAGGAAGUUCAAAAGAAACCACAGAGGCUGUCUUUAACACAUAGACGAAAGCAGAAGGUUGCACAGAGCAUGUUGGGAACAGAUCAGGACAAAAAGUCUCCAGCUGAGAGCGCACAGGAAUCGAUGGAGCUUCCCAGCAGAGGUGCCGCACAAGCCAUAGUUGCAGUGCAGAAGACAGACAGAGGUGGAGACAAGAGCAGCUCCCUCGACAGCGACGAGGACCUCGACACCGCCAUCAAAGACUUGCUCAAGACUAAGAAGAAGUCCAAGAAAAAGAUAAGGGACUUGAAGAGGAAGCCCAGGAAGUGCAUCCAAGACGAAGAACCGGCAUCGGGAAACUCCUUACCCACAAAGAAAUUCAAAUCGGAGCCUUUUUUGAAAUGUAGCACUUUGACUAAACCACAUAAGCAAAAGGAAGAGCUGAAAGACGAGCUUGGAUUUAUCAAAAAGAAUGUUUCCCAACAAAAGCAAACGGAUCAAAGCAGAACAGAGACACAGAAAGAUGGAAAGGAGUUGCCGCAUGUUCAAGAGAAGGACGAUAGCAGCUCUGUGGACAGUGACGAUAGCAUUGAGCUGGAGAUCAGAAAGUUUCUGGCUGAGAAAGCUAAAGUUUCCACUACGGAGAAAACUAAAGAUGGAGACGUGUCGAGAAACGGCACGGUUAUCGUCCAGGCUGCGGGAAUCAAGCAGGAAUCUCAGCUGGCUGAGGUUUCUACCAAAAGUCCUCCCCUUGGAUCUCUCAGUUUCCCGGUUCCGGAUACAACACCUCAGCGAUUGCAGUCGGUCAUCUCUCCAGGCAGCGCUCAGCCACGAGCGUCCUCACUUCAACCCAGCGCCCCCAGCCUUUUGGAACCAGCAGAUGGGGCCGGGGCAGCUCGAGUCGAGCAAGGAAGGGCCAGCGUAGUCAAAAAGGAGACCCUUGAGGUGGUCAAAACAGCGGGAAGAGGUCACCCUAUCUUUAGCCCCAAUCUUUCUCACUCGAGCGCAGAGGCAAACAAAUGGCGCCAGAGUUUGGGGCUCCCCCUUUAUGACACAAAAGCAGUCAGCAGGACUCCAUUUCUCAUCAACACCUCGGAGAUCAAGGGGACUACUACGUCAUCUACGUUUUCCAAUCAAAACAAGGGCCCCAAACUGCAGACUUCUGCCGGUUCUUGGUUCGCCUCAAAGACCGGCAGAGCGCCGGCGUCCUGCUCCAAGGAGACGGAUGCGAACCCCACGGUCAGACCGCCCGUUCUGAACUUUUAUUCUGCUGCCAGGCAGCACCCGACCACGUCGUUUGCACAGAGCCUUUUGCCCGGCCGCAGCUCCCAGUUCUCCCAGGAGAAAGCGAGCACGGUGCACGUGCCCAAAGACAAGAGUGUGUUUGUGGAGCUGGAGACCAACAGGACCAACCACGUUCAGGUUCAAAGCAGGGAAAGGCGCGAGGGCAACGAGAGAGCCCAGAUGCCAAAUGACAGAAAAGCAGAAGGCAAGAGCAUGAAGAUAGAUGUCAGCACAGACAGAAGGGGGGAGGAGGAGGAGGAGCAGGAGUUUAUAGAUGAGACAGAUUGUGAAUCAGACGGCAGGAAAGAUCCAGGGAAGAAGCAGGGCUUUUCCGCGUUGUCUCUGUGCAGAACCAUAGAUCCUGGCAUCAGCAUCAGUCCGUGCAUAGCUCUGACAUCAGAGGAGAGAAGCAGGAUGUUCAGGAGAAGGUACCUGGUCAGAAAACACAAUAAGGGAGGCUCCUCAAUUGUUCCUUUACAAUUUGUGAAACGAAAGCUUGACUUUGUUGCAGAGAGCAGAAAAACAGAGACCCGUACCCUUCAGAGUGGAAGGCGGUGAAUUCAUUUUGUCUGUGUUCUCCUAUUAGCUGCAGGUUAUGAAAGAAAUAUUUUGCACUUUUUGUUGCAGGUUGGGUUUUGUUGCUUAAAAUUGUUGUUUACAGUUAAGGCCGGUUUUGAUCAAAUUAUCCUGAGUUUUAUAUUCUUAAUUCUUAAGCUGUUUUGUGUAUUUAUUUCUCAGAUAAUCUGAGUUUCCCCUGAAUUCUAGGGACAUUUAAGGCUAUUUGUUCCCAAAUAGUCCCCAAAAAAUUAGUUUCAGUGAUUGUUUGUUGUUUAAAUAAAGUUGGAGAGAAAAAAAGUGAAAGACUUAUUCUUCUACUACUAGUUUUGUUGCUUUGAGACUGCUGUUGUGCCAUUACUGCCACCUGCUGGUUAAAGUAAGUUAUUUUUAUUCAAAGAUUUUUAUUGUCAUUGUAUUCCUACAAUGAAAUUUUGAAAAUGUCAUAAUUCUGCUUUUUCUCUUGUUUUUUGGACAAAAGGUCAUUUGUGUACAAUUGUUAUUUUUUAUUUAAGAAGUGGUUAUUCCACAAAAUUUGCCUGUUGUAGUGCAAAAAUUGCUUUAACUUCAAGGUUAAAAUCUAAAUAAAGUUUUGUCAGAUUUGCUGUCAACACAUUUUAAUUAAAUUGAGUAUUUUCAGC